CCUUGGAGGGUGCGAAUCUUCGACUGUCACUUGACUCGACUCGACUGUCACUCUGCUAGCUAGUACCGGUACCGGUACCGGUAGAAGGCUUCAGUGAGCUAGCUAUUUUUCCCGGCAUCUCGAGUGCUGCAACGUCCAACUCCAAAGAUACAUUUCAUCACCAUGAUGCUUUGUCUAGACUCCCUCCUGCCGCCUCUGGCAUCUACAUGUUGUAUACUGCUGUCCUUCUUGUUGGUGACAGCAUCCGCCAAGAACAUGAAUGGCGUUUCUGGCCAAUACAAAAUUGCCAAUGGUCUCUCGUCAUCGUCGUCAUCCGCUCAACAGCAGUACUCGACUGACUAUACCGCCGAGUACUUUGAAGUCUAUUCGGCCGUGAUCAAGACACGAUACUCGGAGGUCUUUUGGGCUUCCAUGCCACCCGUUCCACUACCGCAUCAUGUCGUGGAGCGCUUUCGGAAUAAAACCAUGGCCGUGGUGGGCUAUGAAGUCGAUCAAGUCCAUCGAGACGAUACUCCCGUCCCCAUUACACACGCGUACAAUCAUCACUAUUGUUCUUGGUUGGUCAAUUCCAAACGAGCCAAACUCGUCAAAAAAGCAGCAUCGGAAGAAAUCAUUCGCGCUGGAUUGACCCAUGGCAGUGACGAACACUGGGCCACCCAACUGCUCAUGGACGAUGAUGAUAGAACGGGUGGUGGUGGGGAUCCCAUGGUUCAAUUCUUUUCCGAAGGCAACGGUGGAGAAAUGCGACUGUCGUACCACGGCUAUCCCAAGGGAUACGCUCAAUUGAUUGCGUCUCCGGAUACCUUUCAUUUGCAACCCAUGCAGAUUGACACUUGGAAUCGUGCUGAACCCACUGCCAAGUUCCAGCCGGGACCUUUGCCUCGGAGAUCCCGUAUUCCCCCGACGGCCGGAUAUAGUGGUCUCUUGGAAUGCCCCUGCAGCGAUCGCAUUGUCAAACAGUGGAAUAUUAGUUAUCAUUUGCUGCAACAACAAGAACAACAAGACAACAGCAACAAUGAUAAUCACUGUGACGAUCCCGUCCAAUCACAAGCCGAAUGUUGGGCCAGUGCCGAGCAGGUGACCAAGGGAUCUGUCUUUCGACACUUUUCUUCCACGGGAAAUAAUAGUUCCAUGGCCAUGAACAAACCAGUGGGAUGUAGUCUUGUGCAACAUGCCAAUGGAACUGUGGAUGUCUUUUGGAACCACAACAAGACCUCCACGGCUGCAGAAUCCAGUGACAUUCGAGAGGCAUCUUCUUGGAUGUUGCAGAGCCGCACUCGCCUAGAAAAUGACGACAAUCUUCACAGUGCUGUUGCUUCGACUGUCAUUGAGGCAGACAAGGUUGCCUAUGCUGCCGGCGCCAUCAACAUUACCGUUGCGAUACAGAAUUCAAAUGCCGACGAUGCUGUGAUCAUUAUGCUGGUGGGACCUCCGGACAAAUGGUUCGGAGUGGGGUUCGGUAGCCACAGCAUGUGUCGACAUGCGCAAUCCGAUCAAUGUCCGGAUGGAGGACCCUAUGCCAUUAUUGUAGAGGGUGAUACUGUCCAAGAGCGUCAAUUGGGAAAUCAUGGACCGGGUACAGUCCUUCCUCAUGACGACGACCGUACGUGGAAAGUUCAUCGCAAUGACAUUGUGGGCGGCAAUCGAACCGUUGUGGUGACCAGACCACGACGAGGUGCCGUCUUUUCCUUUGAUGAUGUGGACGAGAAAAGCCUGCCCAUUAUCAUGGCGCGAGGCUGUAAUAUGACAUUUGCCCAGCAUUGCGGCCAUGGCCCUGGUGACUUGCAAUUCCUACGUCCCGAAACAACCAAUGAAAUCUGUCGAUCCGGCAUUGAAGGGACCAUUCAGAAUCGAAAGUUUCGUCAAGAGGGCCGGUGUCCCAGCUUUCCAAGAGGCGACUUGAAACAGCAUCGCAAUCCAACUUGUGAGAUUGAAACCUAUCAGGGUGGGCUCUAUUGCUGCAACCAUGGACAGUCCUUGUUGGAUCAUAAUCAGAGCAUUCCAUGGCCUGAUCAGUAUCUGGAGUACCAACUCAAGUUUCGAUUCUACUUUGAAGAAUACAUGCCAGUUGCAGCUCCUGCUGAUGCUGAUGGUCAAAUUGAACAAAGUCAGGAACUAUCAACAACUGCCACCGAAGAAGAAGAAGGAUCUGACCACGGGCCGUCUCACCAAAACUUGGUCCGUCUGAUUUGGGCCACUGAAGGCAAUGCAGGGGAAUACGACAUUGCCCAAUGCAGCAACAAUACACCUCCUUCUCAAUGCAUCCAUGUCAUCACGUCCCGGUUCAGCGUCCGAGACUUGCUGCAUGACUGUGGAACACACAAGGAUGCCUCCUUUUGCACUGGAAUUGGCAGUACCAAUGCCACCCUAACCGCCGGUAUCAAUCUCAUUUUUGCAUCGGCUCAUUGUCAUGCCAAUUCCUGUCUUUCCAUGGAAUUGUACCACGCCAAUACUGGCCAGCUGCUCUGCCGAGUGGAACCAAUCUACGGGCAGUCAGAUGACGGACAUGGCGCCUAUGGCGAUGAAAGAGGGUACCUUGCUUUGCCUCCAUGCCUCUGGGGAAGUCCCUCGGAAGGCUUGCCAGAGCCCUUUUUUCUGCCCUUGGACGCCGAGCUGUUGAGCAUCAAAAGGAACAACAAUACACUCCCUCACACUGGGGAAAUGUCGUUGUGGCAAAUGCGAGGCAUUGUAAUCCCAAAGUAG